AUGCUUCCAAGACUGGGCAGUCGAGUUCCGCUCCACCUCAACUCCAACUCGCUUUUUACCUCCACUACCAUCUUCCUGCUUUCUUUCAUACACGCACACACACACACACACACACACACACACGGGCUCAUGCAAACCCUGCUACUAUCGCGAUCUACAAACGCUGCCCUGAGCCUCAUCGCCUCGUCGCACAGUCUGCCCCUGCUUCGUGAGACUGAGCCGACAAAGACUUCGGCUUUUGUCGGUCCUCGUGGCAGCAUGGAUUGUCUGUCUUUUCCCUCUAUUAUCAGUCAUUAA